UCCAGCACCCCCAGCCAUGCAGGCGCCGGCGGCUGCGGAGCGCAACAAGGGCCCGAUCCUGGCGGUGCUGCGGCAGUACGCGGGGUGCGGCCCCGGCGAGCUGCGGGUGCUGGAGGUCGGGGCUGGCGCGGGGCUCCACGCAGCGCACUUCGCCCAGGCGCUGCCCCACACCCGCUGGCAGCCCUCGGACAUCGACCCGCGGGCGCUGCGCAGCAUCACUGCCUAUGCCGAGGCCAUGCGGGUGCCCAACGUGCUGCCCCCCAUCCUGCUGGACGUCUCGCAGGGCUGGGAGACCUGGGGGGGCAACCAACCCGCCAGCCUCGACCUCCUGGUCAGCAUCAACAUGAUGCACAUCACGGAGCUGGCCUGCACAGAGGGCCUGUUCAAAGGUGCUGGGGUGCUGCUGAAGACAGGAGGUGUGCUCUUCACCUAUGGGCCCUACGCCGUGGAUGGCCGGAUCAGCCCCCAGAGCAACGUGGACUUUGACCGCAGCCUGCGGCAGAGCAACCCUUCCUGGGGUCUUCGGGACACGGCGCUGCUGAGGCACUUGGCCGAGGCCAACGGGCUGCACCUUGAGAGGAUGGUGGAUAUGCCGGCCAACAACAAGAGUCUCAUCUUCCGCAAGCUGUAACCUGUCUGUGACACCUCCCGGCACAGACACUCCCCAUUGAUACCCCCUCAAAAGGGUCACACUGCAGUGAUGGGACAGCACUCUGCUUGCCCCAGCUGGGGCUUGGCUUGGCUGAGGGGGCCUCCCUUUGCAGUGGGGUGCCCCAGAGAAGCUACCGUGGCUGCAGUGGGGGGCAGAGGCACUGGGGGGGAGAGCAGCACCUCGGCCAUGGGGUAGAAUUUGCUCGGUGCCAGCUUCCCUGGAGGGUGCUGUGCUGGUGGUGGGGUGCCCCAUCCCUCUUCCCAUCCCCUCCCCAGGGCUGUGAUGCUGCUCACCACAAUAAAUGCCGAGGCUUUGCCCCCCCCCUUCCCCCCGAUGCUUGCAGCACUGGCACAGGGGGAAUCCUCAAUCCCUGCCAAGCACCAACCAAUGGAGGGGAUCACAUCCUGCACACGAGCACCCUGGGGUGCUGUGCUGCCCCCAGAGGCUUUGGUGCAGGGAGAAGGUUUUUAUGAGGGGGGUUCCUGGCAGAUCUCCCACCCCUUGCAGCCCAACCCACUCCUUUAUUGCUGCUGGCCAGGCUGGAGGGUACAUGGGGGGAUGUGGCAGAUAAAUUACAGGGGAGGUGGGAGCUGGGGCUCAGCAUGGGGUUGUGGGGAGCUAUGUGGUGGUGGUAACCCCAGGAUACAAGCACUGGUGUGAGGCUCCCCCUCCACAGUGAGUCUGCAGCCCCCCAUAUCGGCAUGUCCCGGCUCUGCCCUAGUCCUGGAAGCGGUUGAGGAGGUCGCAGGUUUUCUUCUCCAUCAGCUCGUAGAUCUUCUUCACCCGCUUGUCGUUGGCUGCCCGCACGUAGCUGCUGGGGUCCAGCGUGGCCAUGCCAUCGUGCACCUCACCCAUGAUGAUGAGGGGUCCAUCCUCCGCUGUCAUGUUGGGGCAGGGGCAGCUCCAGUCCAUGUCGGUCAAGGUCACCUCCAGGUACUUGAUGUUGAAGAACUUGAGGCCCAUCUUCUCAUCCUUGAGGACAUCCUCGAGGGCGAAGCGUGCGAUACCGGAGUCCUGGUCCUCCACGACCUCCAUCAGGCGUCCCACGAUGGCGAAGUCGCUGCGGCAGAGGCUCAGCACCAUCUUGCUUUUCAGGCGACAGGCCUUGCACUGCAGGCUCUUGGGGAAGGGGCAGGCGUCCUCGCAGCUCUCCUUGCUCUCGAAGUUGUUGGUGUUGCCGUCACAGCCGCCGUACACGAAGGAGUGGCACUGCUUCAGCAGGGGGUUGUACGCCCAGCGCGGCUCCCAGUGCUGGCAGGGGCCCUGCACCACGGGCAGCAGGCAGGCAGGGCGGGCGCUGCCCAGGCAGGCAGCCCGGCACUCCUCGUACGUCUCGAAAUGGUUCCUGUUUGCGCCGCAGCCGCCAUAGCGGAAGGUGAGGCAGGAGCCCUGCUUGGCAUCGAAGUGCCAGCGCACCUCCAGCGCCUCACAGCGCCGCCGGUCUGGCUCCUUCAGGCACUCGGCGCUGGGGAAGGGCUGGGGGCUGCUGGCCAGCACCGCGGCCCCUGGCUCCCGCCGCAGCACGGACAGGGGGAAGUCGGCGCGGAGCAGCCCGGCGGCGUUGCGGGCCGUGCACGUGUAGAUGCCGGCAUCCUCGUGGCGGGCGUUGU